AUGGUCAAGAUCGCAAUUGCUGGAGGCGCUGGAAACGUAGGUCGAGAAGACGCCCCGGAAACACCCAUUGCGCCAGGAGUCAAAUGGAUCAAAGCGGACUAUCAGAAUGUCGACGAACUAGCUAAGCUCUUGGAGGGUGUCCACACUGUCCUUUCCUUCAUGUCCUUCUCGCCGGGUGAGACUGGAGCUGGAGCCCAGAAGCCUUUAAUUGAUGCUGCAGUACGCGCUGGCGUGAAGCGUUUCGCACCUAGUGAAUGGGCAACCUCCAAACUUGAUCAUCAGCCCUGGUAUAACUUCAAGAAAGAGACUCGAGAGUAUCUAGCCGAGAUCAACAAGGACAAGAAGGUUAUCGAGUAUACGCUCUUUCAGUACGGACUGUUUGCCAAUUACAUGACGUACCCAUACAUGUCAUCCAAGCAUAUCACCAUGUUUGAAAUACCCGUCAAUUUCAAUGAGUGCCGUGCUCUCCUCGUUGAUGACGGUGAAUCUGUUGUCUCCAUUAUCACAGCACAAGACGCGGCUAAAGUCACAGCUCUGGCUGUGGAGUAUGAGGGAGAAUGGCCUGUCGUCAGUGGUAUCAGAGGUUCAAAUAUCACACUGAAUGACUUGGUGACAUUAGGAGAGAAGAUCAGAGGCAAGCCAUUUACUGUCGUAAAGCUUCAGAGUAAAGACCUUCUCGCUGGCGAAGUCAAAGCCCCAUGGCUCCCCUUGCCUGAGCAUCCAUCAAUCCCUGUUGCUGUCCGCCAAGAGUUCGCGGCCAACAUAGUGAAGGGUAUAUUGCUUGGUUUCCAAGAUGGCUCGUUCCAGAUUUCUGAUGAGUGGAAUAAGCUGUUGCCUGACUUCAAGUUUACUCAACCUGAAGAGUUUCUUACCAAAGCUUGGGCUGGGAUUGACGCGGGCGAGAAGAGUGUAAAGAAGAAGCAACCAAUGGUCUACGACUACUAUCCUCAACCCGCAAUGGGUUACGCAAACAAAUACGACAAAUACGGAGGGUACUCAAAGGAAUAUAAAAAGUCAAAGAAGUACAAAAAGCAACGCAAAUACGACCACAUGGGAUCCGCUAUUGGUGAAUCUGCAGGUUUCUUCGCUGAUUCAUGGGGCGGCAGUGGUGGUGACGGCGGCGGCGGAGGAGGCGGUGGUUGUGAUGGAGGAGGAGGAGGCGGUGGAGCUUGCUGA